UUUCCCUGUAAUAAAGUAGGAAAACAUUGUUAAAAAUCCUAUAGUUAAGUGAAAAACAUUUUCCUCUAGAAAGGCUUCAAACUUUAAUGUUAAAUAAAUGGAAAAACAGAGAAUUAGAUUCUGGAAAAGAAAAAUAUCCUAAUGUUCUACAUAAAAAUGUGAUAUACAUAACAAAUGAUUAUUUUACUAUACAUUUUUUUUUCUCGACAAUAAAGUUUUUCCUUUUAAAUCCAAAAAAAAUUUGGUCAAGUUAGACACUCUCCCUAUAUUGAGUUACACUUUUAUGGUAUAAAUAAAUAAAUAAAUAUAAAUAUGUGAACAAAAAAGGUGUAUACGCUUGCCAACUUCACACAGGUUCUGCUUCUGGGUUAAAGAGCUCAUUCAUUACCAACUCUCUCUCUCUCUCUCUCUCUCUCUCUCUCUCUCUCUUAAUCUGCAUAGAUUGCCGGAAUGUGGAGCUCAAGUUCUUUGCAGCAACCGUUGCUUCUCCAACUUCUUGUUGUUCAGUCGCUUCUUGUAGCUGUUGUUUUAGCUCAGAGAUCCACCACACCCGCGUGGAACACACUCACUGGAAAUCGUCCGUUGGUCGUAGCACGAGGUGGUUUUUCAGGGCUAUUUCCUGAUUCCACAAGCCUUGCCUACCAGUUUGCAUUAUCAACCAGUGUAUCUGAUGUCCUUCUGUGGUGUGAUGUGCAAUUAACAAAAGAUGGAUUCGGCCUUUGCCUUGCAGAUGUCAAGAUUGAUAAUGAUACUGACAUUGCGAACUUUUACCCAAACAAGAGUACUACUUACUCAGUAAAUGGUGUCCGCUCCACUGGCUACUUUUCCGUGGAUUAUACAUCAGAUCAGCUAGUCAAUGUCUCUGUGGUUCAGGGAAUAUAUUCUCGAACUAAUCUGUAUGAUGGCUUGCCAAUGCAAACUGUUGACGAUAUAGCUGCGAUAUCAAAACCACAACCAGGCAUAUGGCUGAAUAUUCAGCAUGAUGCAUUCUUUUCGCAACACAAGUUGAGUAUGAGAAGCUUUGUACUUGCAGCUUCUAAAAGGGUAGUUAUCAGUUAUAUCUCAUCACCGGAGGUUGGCUUUUUGAGAAGUAUAACAUCACGGCUCCCGAAAGUAACGAAGUUGGUAUUCAGGUUCAUGGGACAGGAUGUUGUAGAACCAUCAACUAAUCAAACUUAUGGUUCACUCUUAAAGAAUCUUACAUUUAUCAAGACAUUUGCUUCUGGAAUUCUUGUUCCCAAGGGAUACAUAUGGCCCGUAGAUUCAGGCCUUUAUCUGCAGCCUCAUACCUCAUUGGUCUCAGAUGCACAUAAAGCAGGGCUGGAAGUUUUUGCAUCUGAUUUUGCAAAUGAUAAUCUAAUUAGCUACAAUUACAGUUAUGAUCCUCUUGCUGAGUACCUCCAAUUCAUCGACAAUGGUGACUUCUCUGUUGAUGGUGUGCUAUCUGACUUCCCCAUAACACCAUCUGAAGCUGUUGAUUGCUUUGCACAUCUAGGAACCAAUGCCACAAAAAAAGUUAACACUUUGGUUAUCUCAAAAUAUGGAGCAAGUGGAGAUUAUCCUGCUUGUACCGAUUUAGCUUAUACAAAAGCCAUAUCAGAUGGUGUGGAUAUUCUCGACUGUCCAGUUCAAUUGUCUAAAGAUGGAGUACCAUUUUGCUUGAGUUCCAUUGAUCUUAUAGAGACUACUAAUGCCGCUCAGUCAACCUUCAGCACACUUGCCACAACUAUCCCAGAGAUUAAGUCUGGCAAUGGCAUAUUUACAUUCAGCUUGACUUGGGAUAACAUAAAAAGCCUGACCCCCUCAAUAUUGAACCCCUAUACCAAUUAUUCAUUGAAAAGAAAUCCAAAGAAUAGGAAUGCUGGGGAAUUUGUAACAUUAUCGGAUUUCCUAUCCUUGGCAAAAAACCAGACUUCUCUGUCAGGUGUCAUGAUCAUUGUUGAGAAUGCAGCAUAUCUGGCAAAGAAGCAGGGGUUAGGUGUGAUUGAUUCAGUCAUGAAUGCUUUGAGCAAAGCAGGUUAUGAUAAACCGGGACCACAGAAAGUUAUGAUUCGAUCCACUAGUAGCUCUGUACUACUGAAGUUCAAGGAGAAGACCAAUUAUGAGCUUGUCUACGAGGUUGAUGAGACUAUCAGCAAUGCAGAUAAUGCCGCCAUUGCGGAUAUAAAAAGCUUUGCAAGUUCUGUGGUUAUCAACAAGGAUUCUGUAUUUCCUCAGGAUGUUCUCUUCUUGACAGGCACUACAAAGACUGUGUCAAAACUAAAAUCUUCUAACCUCUCGGUUUUCGUGGAAACAUUCAGCAAUGAGUUUCUUUCUCAGGCAUGGGAUUUCUUCUCAGAUGCAACUGAGGAGAUCAACUCAUAUGUUACAGGAGCAGAAAUUGAUGGUGUCAUCACAGACUUCCCAAAAACUGCAAAUAGAUACAGAAGGAACAAGUGCUUAAAUUUGGGUAACAAGACACCUCCUUACAUGGCACCUGCUCAACCAGGUGCUCUUUUUCAAGCCAUUCCGCCCGGCGCAGCACCACCGGCUCCUGCACCGGUUCCACCUUUAACAGUCUCUGAAGUGAUAGAGCCACCACUGCCCGCAGUUUCCAAAAUAUCCCCAUCUCCGGCUCCUGCCGGAACCAAGACAGGAGGUCAGGGGAAUGCACAGUCCAGGGUCACCAUCUGCGCCGCCUUGUUAAGUUUGCCCGUGCUACUAGCUUCCCUUCUUUUGAUUUGAGUGCAUCAUCUCCGUUCUACCCUCCAAAGAAAAGUGAACCAUAAAAGAAAAAAAAUGAAACAAACAGUUCAACAUUUUCCUCGGCUCUUCUUCGAUUAGGUGGCGUGAAGCUUUUGCUUGAGACUGCAUGAAUCCAGAUUUUUUUUUUCUUUGACACAUACAAAUUCAUUUUCCUAUAUGUUGUAAAAGUUAUUUUAUGUUCAUUCUUCAUUCCUACUCCCCAAAUAGCUUCGUGGUAUCUAUGAAUACAAAAUCCUGAAUGGUACAUAUCUAAGAAUUCAUUUUGCAUUAUGUUGUUUUGUAUCUUUGGUUAUAACUUAUAUAAGGUAUAUUUAAUUUAAUAA